AUGCUGCUGCCGCGGCUCUGCUGGCUGCCGCUGCUCGCGGCGCUGCUCCCGCCGGCGCCCGCGCAGAAGUUCUCGGCGCUCACGUUUUUGAGAGUUGACCAAGACAAGGACAAAGACUGCAGCUUGGACUGUGGGGGCUCUGCCCAGAAGCCACUGUGCGCCUCCGACGGGAGGACCUUCCUAUCUCGCUGCGAGUUUCAACGCGCCAAGUGCAAAGACCCCCAGCUAGAAAUUGCUUAUCGAGGCAACUGCAAAGACGUGUCCAGGUGCGUGGCCGAGAGGAAGUACACCCAGGAGCAGGCCCGCAGGGAGCUGCAGCAGGUGUUCAUCCCCGAGUGCAGUGACGACGGGACGUACAGCCAGAUCCAGUGCCACAGCUACACGGGGUACUGCUGGUGCGUGACGCCCAACGGGAGGCCCAUCAGCGGCACCGCCGUGGCCCACAAGACACCCCGCUGUCCCGGUUCCAUAAAUGAAAAGGUUCCCCAAAGGGAAGGCACAGGGAAAACAGAUGAUGCCUCAGCUCCAGCGCUGGAGACUCAGCCUCAAGGAGACGAGGAAGAUGUGGCAUCACGGUACCCCACACUUUGGACUGAACAAGUUAAAAGUCGACAGAACAAAACCAAUAAGAAUUCAGUGUCCUCGUGUGACCAGGAGCAGCAGUCGGCCCUGGAGGAGGCCAGGCAGCCCAAGAACGACAACGUGGUCAUCCCCGAGUGUGCCCACGGCGGCCUCUACAAGCCGGUGCAGUGUCACCCGUCCACGGGCUACUGCUGGUGCGUCCUGGUGGACACCGGCCGCCCCAUCCCCGGCACGUCCACCAGGUACGAGCAGCCGAAAUGCGACAAUACGGCCAGGGCUCAUCCUGCCAGAACGCGGGACCUGUACAAGAGCCGCCAGCUCCAAGGUUGUCCUGGUGCCAAAAAGAGCGAGUUUCUGACGAGCGUGCUGGACGCGCUGUCCACGGACAUGGUCCACGCGGUCUCUGAUCCCUCCUCCCCCGGCAGGCUCUCGGAACCUGACCCCAGCCACACGCUGGAGGAGCGAGUGGUCCACUGGUAUUUCAAACUGCUGGAUAAAAACAACAGCGGGGACAUCGGCAAAAAGGAAAUCAAGCCCUUCAAGAGACUUCUUCGGAAGAAGUCCAAACCCAAGAAGUGCGUGAAGAAGUUUGUGGAGUAUUGCGACGUGAAUAACGACAAGUCCAUCUCCCUGCAAGAGCUGAUGGGCUGCCUGGGCGCGGCCAGAGAGGAGGUCAAGGCGGACACGAGGAAGCGCCACACCCCUAGAGGUAAUGCUGAAAGCGCUUCUAAUAGGCAGCCAAGAAAGCAAGGAUGAAUGACUCCACGGCAGGUCCUAGACAUGUGGCCAACUCCCUCACCAAAAAGCAAUUAAAAAAACCAAAACAAACACAUAGUAUUUGCACUUUGUACUUUAACUGUAAAUUCACUUUGUAGAAAUGAGAUAUUUAAAUAGACGGCUUUAAUCUGUGAAAAUGGAAGGGCUGGCUUCAGAAAAUUAAUCACAUACAAUGUAUGUGUCCUUCUUUGACCUUCAAAACCUGUAGCUGGUGGAGAUGUAUUUUGAGUGGAUUUAAGCUUAGCUUCUUCAUCCCACACGUGUUAACCGACAGAAGCCUUGGCCGAGGUGCCCUGGCUCCACCCUGUGCCUCCUCCUGACGGGCGCCGUCACUAGCAGCCUCGCCAGGUUGGCUUUGCCAGGGACCUACUGUCCUGGCGGCAUCGCUGACUCUAUGCUGGAAGCUCCACGGCUCCGUAGACAUGUGUAGUCGACUGCUGACCCCGUCCUGGGUUUGUUUGCUUCUUGGGACUUUGUGUUAGCUUGUUGGUUUUCCUUCCCGAGUUCCUGCUCCUGCAAUGAGUUAUCCAGCCACUGGCGCAGUCUUUACCGGUAGUGCCCUGGUAGAAGAGGAGAUAUUUCAAACUUUUCUUGAUAUGCCUGCUUUUCCAUUGUGAGCUUCUGUUUGAGUUUUGCUUUGGGCUCAGAUUAUCCACGCUGUAAAUGCUAGAGAAUUCUGCCUGCCUUCCUGAGGCAGCGUGGAGGGGCCCAACGUUCAGAAAAGUAAAUUUAAUCACGAUCUGACCCAGCCAGCCAAACAUGCUUGUCAGCCUUCUUCUCUUACGCCUGGCCCCUGUCCACCCGUCCAUGGUCUACCCCGGGGCCCCCGGGAAGGGAAAGCUGCCGCCUGAGCAAGUUCCUUAGAGAAGGCGUGGCCAGGCGAGGCUGUGCCCGGCGCUGGUCCUGGCAGCUGGGGCAAAGGCCUGUGGGUGCCCGCUUCCCUUCUUUCCUGGAGGCGUCCAGGCCUCGAGGACUGGCCACUGGGAAAUUCACCCGAGUGGGGCUGGACAGGGGUGGGGGGCAGUGGGGCCGGGCCUCAGGGGAGCCGGCUGCCCCCGUCAGGGCUGGAGCCCCGCCUCCGUGCUGUGCCCACGGGCUCCGUGGAGUGGAGAGCAGUGACAGACUGACGCUGCCUCAGCUCAAGCUUUAGGUUUGGAAAAAAAUCUUCUUGUCCCCAGAUCCCCCAACACACAGCCUGUCGAUUUGUCUCAACAAUUUUCAUGAAGACGUUUCCUGCAGUGUCUCGCGGGAGAGUCAAAGGGGAACCUUGGAGCCUCAAAACCAGCCCCCGUGUGUCACCAUUGUUUAAGAAACAGUUAUGAUCCUAAGUUUAUUGGAUAAUCUUUUAUAUUUCUGAACUUUGAAUUUAAUCAUUUUUCUUAGAUUAAAAUAAAAUAU